UAGCCUUCAAAAGUUUUAACCAAAAUUUGAAGUCGUCUAUUUCAUUGCGACAUCUACAUACUUUUUUCAAACUAAUUUUUAACAAAAGAAUUGUCUGCACCGCAGAAAUAAACAAAGAAAUCCCUUAAAUAAACGUGAACAUAAAGAUUCUUACAAAUGGCUAGUGGUAGUGGUAGUGGUGGCAAUAAUGGGCGCCGAAAUGCACCCAUCAAUUGGGGCAACGAUCCUGAUGAUGAUGUCUGUGAUGACGAUUUAAUGGACGCCGAUCAAGAUUUGUCCAAUUACGUGCACAAGUAUCGGCAUGAACAAGAGCAAAGUUUGAAAAAAACCCAAGGUUCACUUUAUUUGCCAUCUGCGAAUUCGACGGAGUCGAAUAAAAAAGGUGGUCGAGGCGGUGAACCUGCGGGCGGAACUGCUGGACCAGUCGGCGCACAAGCCUCAAAUGAUAAGCGUGAUGAUUUAGCUACCGCAAUCCUGAAGCGAAAGGACCGCCCAAAUCGUUUAAUCGUCGAAGAGGCUGUAAACGACGAUAACUCGGUGGUAUCUUUGUCGCAAGAAAAAAUGGAUGAAUUGCAACUGUUUCGCGGCGACACUGUUAUUCUGAAGGGCAAACGCCGCAAGGAGACCGUUUGCAUUGUGUUGUCGGAUGAAAAUUGCCCUAAUGAGAAGAUACGCAUGAAUCGUGUCGUGCGCAAUAAUCUGUGCGUGCACUUGUCCGAUGUGGUAUCAAUUCAGUCAUGCCCCGAUGUUAAGUACGGCAAACGUGUGCGUAUUUUGCCUAUCGAUGAUACUGCGGAAGGUGUGACUGGCAAUCUGUUUGAGAUUUACUUGAAACCCUACUUCUUGGAAGCCUACCGGCCCAUUCACAUGGGUGAUAACUUCAUUGUGCGCGCUGCUAUGCGUCCUAUUGAGUUUAAGGUCGUGCUCACCGACCCCGAACCCUACUGCAUUGUUGCACCCGAAACGGUGAUCUUUUGUGAUGGUGACCCGAUCAAACGUGAGGAGGAAGAAGAGUCGCUCAACGCUGUCGGUUAUGACGACAUUGGCGGUUGUCGUAAACAGUUGGCUCAGAUUAAGGAAAUGGUGGAGCUGCCACUUCGUCAUCCUUCGCUGUUCAAAGCUAUUGGCGUGAAACCACCACGUGGCAUUCUCAUGUACGGCCCUCCGGGUACGGGUAAAACAUUGAUUGCACGCGCUGUCGCCAAUGAGACUGGCGCAUUCUUCUUUCUUAUCAACGGUCCUGAAAUAAUGUCUAAACUUGCCGGUGAGUCUGAGUCGAACUUGCGUAAAGCUUUCGAAGAAGCUGAAAAGAACUCGCCUGCUAUUAUUUUCAUUGAUGAAAUUGACGCCAUUGCACCGAAGCGUGACAAGACGCACGGUGAAGUUGAACGUCGUAUUGUGUCGCAAUUGCUCACACUUAUGGAUGGCAUGAAGAAGAGCUCACAUCUGAUUGUCAUGGCUGCCACUAACAGGCCAAACUCUAUCGAUCCUGCGUUGCGUCGUUUCGGACGAUUCGAUCGGGAAAUUGAUAUUGGCAUUCCGGACGCCACUGGCCGUUUGGAGGUGUUGCGUAUUCACACCAAAAACAUGAAAUUGCAUGAAGACGUUGAUUUGGAACAAAUUGCCGCAGAAACUCACGGACAUGUGGGCGCUGAUUUAGCCUCGCUCUGUUCGGAAGCUGCUUUGCAACAGAUUCGUGAAAAGAUGGAUCUGAUUGAUUUGGAAGAUGAUAAAAUCGAUGCCGAAGUAUUAGCUUCCUUGGCCGUUACCAUGGAGAACUUCCGUUAUGCUAUGACUAAGUCGAGCCCAUCGGCAUUGCGUGAGACUGUAGUCGAGGUGCCCAACACUACUUGGUCAGAUAUUGGAGGUUUGGAGAAUGUGAAGAAAGAGUUGCAAGAACUGGUGCAAUAUCCAGUUGAGCAUCCAGACAAGUUCUUGAAAUUCGGCAUGCAGCCAAGCCGUGGUGUACUCUUCUACGGACCACCUGGAUGCGGCAAAACUCUACUUGCUAAGGCCAUCGCUAACGAAUGCCAAGCCAAUUUCAUUUCGGUUAAAGGCCCCGAGCUCCUUACUAUGUGGUUUGGUGAGUCUGAAGCCAAUGUGCGUGACAUCUUCGACAAGGCACGUUCGGCUGCACCUUGCGUGCUUUUCUUCGACGAGUUGGACUCCAUUGCCAAGGCACGUGGUGGCAACGUGGGUGACGCUGGUGGUGCUGCCGACCGUGUUAUCAACCAAAUUCUUACCGAAAUGGAUGGCAUGGGUGCUAAAAAGAACGUUUUCAUUAUUGGUGCAACCAAUCGUCCCGACAUUAUCGAUCCGGCCAUUUUGCGUCCUGGCCGCUUGGAUCAAUUAAUCUAUAUUCCACUUCCCGACGACAAGUCGCGUGAAGCUAUCCUUAAGGCAAACUUGCGCAAAUCACCUCUGGCUAGGGAUGUCGAUCUUACCUACAUUGCCAAGGUGACACAGGGCUUUUCAGGUGCCGAUUUGACUGAAAUUUGUCAGCGUGCCUGUAAAUUGGCAAUUCGACAAGCAAUCGAAGCUGAAGUUCGGCGGGAAAAGGAACGCGCAGAGAAGCAAACCAUGGAGAUGGACGAAGAUGAUCCAGUACCGGAAAUCACACGUGCCCACUUUGAGGAAGCGAUGAAGUUCGCUAGGCGUUCAGUAUCGGACAACGAUAUUCGGAAAUACGAAAUGUUUGCACAGACUUUGCAACAAUCUCGCGGCUUCGGCCAGAACUUUAGAUUCCCCGGUGCCAGCAGCACUUCGCAAGGUUCUGGACCAAAUGUACCAGCGAAUCCGCCAGGCGACAAUGGUGAUGACGAUCUUUACAGUUAGAUUUUUAGUUUUAAAAUCAAUGAAUAUUAAAUAAAAACCCAUUUUGUCAAAUUGAAGUAUGCUUAAACAACAUAAACAACAAUUUCUAAUUUGAAUAAAACAAAAACUGAAAAAAAAAACAAA